AUGCUCCCAACAGUGGCCUGCAUCCACAGAGGCUUGUUCCGUUCCUGUGCUGGACUCUCUGUGCGCAUGAUCAGCAGGGGGAUAGGCCAAAAGGGCAUCCUGGCCAAUCGGGUGGCGGUGGUCACGGGGUCCACUGAUGGGAUCGGCUUUGCCAUCGCCAGGCGCCUGGCCCGGGACGGGGCCCACGUGGUGGUCAGCAGCCGGAAGCAGCAGAACGUAGACCGGGCAGUGGCGGCGCUGCAGGGGGAGGGGCUGAGCGUGGUGGGCACCGUGUGCCACGUGGGGAAGGCCGAGGACCGGGAGCGACUGGUGGACACGGUCGUGGAGCACUGUGGGGGUCUCGACUUCCUGGUGUGCAGUGCAGGUGUCAACCCGCUGGUGGGAAGCACCCUGGGGGCCAGUGAGCAGGUGUGGGACAAGAUCCUGGAAGUGAAUGUGAAGGCCCCGGCCCUGAUGCUGAGCCAGCUGCUGCCCCACAUGGAGAAGAGGGGGAGGGGGGCGGUCAUCCUGGUCUCCUCCGUUUCAGCAUAUGUACCACAUGUGGAGCUGGGUCCCUACAACAUCAGUAAGACGGCCCUGCUGGGCCUCACCAGGACACUGUCAUUGGAGCUGGCCCCCAAGGGCAUCCGGGUGAACUGCCUGGUUCCAGGAAUAAUCAAGACUGACUUCAGCAAAGUGGUGAGGACUGGGGCAUCAGAGUCUGAGAUCAUUGACAUGUGUUCUGUCCUCCUUCUGUCCAGGAUUGGGCAGCCUGAGGACUGCGCAGGACUUGUGUCCUUCCUGUGCUCUCCAGACGCCAGCUACAUCACCGGCGAGAACAUCGCGGUGGCCGGCUUCUCCUCUCGUCUCUGA